AUUUAUUGUAAACAACAAUUAAACUCAAAUAGGCUGUUUAUCAGCUGAUCAAAAGUUUAAGACCAUCGCUCAAAAAAUAACAAAAACUCUCCAAACCAGAACAAAAAAUUACCUCAGUAGGAGGUUUGGGCAUGCUUGGUGCAAGUGUUUCCAGGAGGCUAGUGGGAACAUUGCUCCAAGUGGUGAAAAUGGCUUCACCAAGAGUCAAGAUUCAAGAGUUUUAUUGUCAUAUGCAUAGUAAAACAGGCAGUUAUACUAUGCAAUGAAAUUCUUAUUCUGUUCAUUCUCCCAAGAAAAGAAAGAAAACACAAGAAAAAGAAUAAGAACAUAAGAAACAUAUGUACCAAUAAAUUAAGCAACAACAACAGAAGAGACAUUAAUACAGAUAAAUAAUACAAAUAAAUAAAUAAAUACAGUGCUAUGAGUGUGUGCGUGUGUUGCGUGCGGCGUGUGUGAGUGCUUCGUUGAGAAGUCUGAUGGUCUGUGGGUAAAAGCUGUUCGCCAGCCUUGUUGUCCUGGACUUCAAACUCCUGUAGCGUCUGCCUGACGGUAGGAGUGUGAAUAAUGAGUGUUGUGGAUGUGUGCUGUCCUUGAUGAGGUUGUGUGUUCUGCGUAGGACUCUAGAUUUAUAAAUGUCUUGCAGUGAGGGGAGGGCUGCCCCAACAAUGUUCUGUGAGGUCUGGAGUGCCUUCCUAUCACGUGUUGUACAGUUACCGUACCAAACAGUGAUGGAGGCUGUAAGGACACUUUUGAUAGUGCAUCUGUAGAAGCAACUAAGGAUUUUGGUGGACAUGCCAAAGGCCAAAGAAAGGCCAAAGGCCAAGGGCAUCAACUGUCUGGAACUGAUGGCCAUUUUUAUAAACUUCCCUUGCCAUCCAUCCCCAAAUGUUCUCUAUGGGAUUUAAAUGAGGGGAACAUGCAGGAUGGUCCAAAAGAGAGAUUUUAUUCUCCCUGAAGAAGUCUUUGGGAACUGCAGCGUUGUCCUGUUGAAAAACCCAGCUGUUACCACACAGACGAGGGCCCUCAGUCAUGAGGGAUGCCCGCUGCAACAUGUACAGCAUCCGCCGUUUGACGACCCUGCACCACCUGAUUUUUUUUUUUUUUUGGGGGGGGGGGGGUCUACCACUUGACUUUUUUGAUCCAUAAUGCUCAGGAUCUUUCAAAAAAAUUAUAAUGACUGACUUACUGCACCGACCUCAGCAGAAAUGGCACGCUGCAAGAAGCCUUGCUUAUGCAGCUCCACAAUCCGACCACAUUCAAAAAGAGAAAGCUUCUUAGCUUUAGCCAUCAGGAGGACAUGCCAGUGUGAAUGCCUGACAGAAAAUGAAAAAUUUUAGCAGAUAUUGGCUUUUAUAGCCUGUGGUCUUAAAGUUUUGAUCAGGUGAAAAACAACCUAUUUCAGUUUUUUUUGUUUAAAUUACAAGUUUUUUUGUCUCACUCCCCCUUCUUGCUUUUGCAUAUUGUAGCUCUACUUAAAACCUCAUUAAGAUCCAAAUGUGCUAAAUGCGAAUUCUAGCAAUUUUUCAAAUUGUCUUAAAAUUUUGAUCAGGAAUGUAUUUUAUGCUAUUUUCUCAUUAAAUUUAUUACUAGAGUGAUCUAAGCGCUUCACGUGGCACUAAAGUCCUGGCCGAGUUUCCGCACGGAUGCCUCUGAGUGUUGGACACUACUGACUGAGGGGAAGAACGCUAGUGGCUCGCAGGCGUGACAAAUGGCAUCAUGGCAAAUGCAAGCGAGAAGACUGAGCUGAAAGACCCUCCCAUCUCACUACAGUCUCCUGCUUGGGAACACAUUGGCUUCCCUGUUAAAAUUACGGAUGGACAAAGGCAAGUAGAUAAAUCCAAAGUAUAGGGGUUUCAUGAAACGAGACGAUACACAAGAUUGGGUCUACGAGACGAGAUAUUAACAUUACAGGGUUAGGGUUAGGAUUGGUUAGGGUUAGGGUUAACAUUAAGAAAAGUGCAAUGAAAAAAUAUGAAAAUAUAUGACAAUAUAUUCCAAUCUACUAAUUAAAUUUCUACUACUACUACGUUACACUCUUCUGCACCCAGUGUGUAUGCUACCGGCCCUGCUGCCAUUCACCAAGACAAAGAAACUGUAUGACUGACAAAAGACUCACUACGUUCUAGGGGUGGAGGAAAUAAUCGAUUUGAUUCCGCAUCUCGAUGCAGACAUUCGGUAUUAUUAAUUGAUACAUAAAUGUCGAUAAUCGAUGCUGACGGAACAAAAAAAACUGAACAUAAAGACACAAAGCCGAAGUGCCGGCCGGACAGUUCAUGGUGGUGUACCUAAGUGUAAGACACUACCAUAAUGGCUGAAAGUAAACUCAGGACCGCAAAAAUAGUAUUUUGUCAGAGAUUCUAUGCUCAGGACGAGGAAAACAGACACACAUGCAAAUGGAAAUCUAUUGAAGCUGACAAAAUUAUUAAGUUUAUUUUCAUUUAUUGUGUGAUUAAUUAAGUUAUUAUCGUCCCAGGCCUAGUGCCCACAAGGCAUUUUUUUCUGAACGAGAAAUGUUGUCACAUUUUAAUCUCGCAAGAUCUUGUGACACAAGAUUUUGUGACACCCCUACUGAAGAAUACUGUGUAGAUUAUGUACUUCUCAGUCUCAAAACACUAUGGUCAAAUACGCAAAUGUGCCAAUUGAGACACAGCCAUGUUUCCUUAUGAGCAUCACGCAUAGCCUGCUUGUGUGCGUGUGUGUGUGCGCGCGUGUCACUGCAUUCUUCCUAGUUAUGUUUAUGUCACAGUGCCAUUGUCCAUUACUCGCAUAAACCAGAUGCCAACACACAUGCACUUUGCUAUGCACAUGAAUGUUCAAAAUCGUCACGCUCAGUCUACAUAAUUACACUCCCAUCAGGAUGAUUAAAACAACAUACACACACACACCCUUAGAUCUGUGUGUGUGUGUGUGUGUUUAGUGUGUGGCGGAGGGCUGCUGGUGGUGGCCUAAUAGGUUCUGAGGGUGUUGGAGCAUUUUAGUGGUUUUGACUGUGCAGCACUGCAGCUUCACCUGCAGUGUGUUUGCUGAGGGGAAGCACAGCAAGGUCAGACAGUGAGUGGGCGUGCGAGGGGGGAGAGAGAGAGGGAGACAGAGUCAGAAAGAAGACGUCCAUGUCCACCUGACAGGCCAGCCGCCGCUUCAUCUCCUGAAACAUGGAUUCAGAGAACAACGAGUCUGGAGUGUGCGGCUGCUGUGGGCCAUUGAGGCCGCGCUACAAACGUCUGGUGGAUAACAUCUUCCCUGAGGACCCCAAAGAUGGUCUGAGCAAGUCAGACAUGGAGAAGCUGACCUUCUACGCCGUGUCAGCUCCGGAGAAGCUGGACAGGAUUGGAGCGUACCUGGCCGAGCGGCUAAGCAGGGACGUGGUGCGGCAUCGCUACGGGAACGUGGUGAUUGCCAUGGAGGCUCUGGACCAGCUGCUGAUGGCCUGUCACUCUCAGAGCAUCAAGCCCUUUGUGGAGAGUUUCCUGCACAUGGUGGCCAAACUGCUGGAGUCCAGAGAACCAGAUCUGCAGGUCCUGGGGACCAACUCCUUUGUGAAGUUUGCCAACAUCGAGGAGGACACGCCCUCCUACCACCGCCGCUACGACUUCUUUGUGUCCCAGUUUAGUGCCAUGUGCCACUCCACCCAUGAAGACGUGGACACCAGGACCAGGAUCCGUGUGGCAGGAAUCAAAGGUCUGCAGGGAGUAGUCAGGAAGACGGUGAAUGACGAGCUGCAGGCCAUCAUCUGGGAGCCUCAGCACAUGGACAAACUCAUCCCUUCCAUGCUCUUCAACAUGCAGGACAGCGACGACCUGGACAGAGCGGGGCAUCCCAGCACGCCAUCAGUGUCUGAUCAGGAUGGCGAGGAGAACCCAGCCACGCUGGCAGAGAGCUGCUUCAGAGAACUGCUGGGCCGAGCCGCCUAUGGCAACAUGAACAAUGCUGUGCGACCCGUGCUUGUUCACCUGGACAACCAUCACCUCUGGGAGCCGAACGAGUUUGCCGUUUCUUGCUUCAGGAUCAUCAUGUACUCUAUCCAGGCUCAGCACUCGCACCACGUCAUCCAGCAGGUGUUGGGCCACCUGGACACACACAACAAGAACACUCCUCGUGUGCGCGCCGGCAUCGUGCAGGUGCUGCUGGAGACAGUGGCCAUUGCCGCCAAAGGCUCCGUGGGUCCCACCGUGCUGGAGGUCUUCAACACGCUGCUCAAACACUUGAGGAUGAGCGUGGACUUUGAACUGGGCGAGAGCUCCAGGAGAAAUUCCAGCAGCAGCGUUUCAUCCGGCCGCAGCAAGGAGAGCGAGGAACGCAUUGUCCAGAACGCCAUUAUCCAGACGAUCGGAUUCUUUGGUGGGAACCUGCCUGACUACCAGCGAGCUGAGGUCAUGAUGUUCAUCAUGGGCAAGGUGCCUGUGUACGGGACCCCCUGCCACACCUUGGACACAGUGAAGAUCGGGCAUCAGGGAACCAAACGGAUCCAAACCAUGCUGCUCAGCUCGCUCAUCAUGGUCACCUCGGGCUUCAAGUCCAAGUCUAUGGCUGCCGCGCUGCCCCCUCCCUUCCUGGACCCGCUUUUCUCCAUCUCCCUGAUGGAGGACAGCGAGCUGAGGCAGCUGGUGCUGGAGAUCCUGCACAACAUCAUCGAUCGCCAUGACAACCGAGCCAAACUACGUGGCAUCAGGAUCAUCCCUAACGUGGCUGCCCUGAAGAUCAAAAGAGAAAAGAUCUCCAAGCAAGACGUGGCCUUCAUGAAGAAGCAUGGUCAGCAGCUGUACCGCCACAUCUACCUGGGCUGCAAGGAGGACGACAAUGUGCACAAGAACUUUGAGCUGCUCUUCACCACACUUGCCAUCCUCACCAUCGAGCUGGCCAAUGAGGACGUGGUCGUCGACCUCAUCCGACUCUCUAUCGCUCUGCAGGAUAUGGCGCUGGCCAAUGAGGAGAACAUGUCCAUGUCUAUCCGCUGUGGUGUGAUGGCGUUAGUGGCGGCGUACCUCAACUUCCUGAGUCAGAUGAUCGCCAACCCAUCUUUCUGCCAGCACGUCAGCAAGGUGAUUGAGCUGAGGAACAUGGAUGCGCCAUAUCUCCUGCCAGAGCACAUCUUCAGGGACAAGUGCAUCCUUCCUGAGUGUUUGGACAAGGAGGAGCGAGCAUUGUACUUCCAGACAGUUGACAUGGCCGAGUGCCUGGCUGGACCAGGAUACAACGCUGAGAGACUUUCCAUCCCUUAUGUCCCGCAGGUCACAGUGCUUUACACAGUGGGAAAAAUCCUGCACAGGUGCAAACAGACAUCACAAGACCGCCUGACUAGGAGGAAGAGUUUUGUGGACACCGUCUCACUGCAAGUGGACAUACUGUCCAACAGUCUCCCCGAUAAGUCACAGCUGGCUGAGGAGAUUACCUUUGAGACUCUGAAGAAAGCCAUUGACACAAGCGGUCUGGAGGAGCAGGAGCGCGAACGCAGACGUCAGGUGAUGGAGAAGUUCCAGAAAGCGCCAUUUGAGGAGCUCGCAGCCCACUGCGAGUCCAAGGCCAACAUGCUGCAUGAGCGUCUGGCACACAUCUUUGAACUCACCAUCAGGCCGCCGCCCAGUCCGUCUGGAGUGGUAUCUGUGUCAUCAGGCCACGCCCAGCACCAGUCUGUGCCAGUCUACGAGAUGAAGUUUCCAGACCUUUGUGUCUACUGAGAUUAUCACAAUGGAAACAUGAUGGAGGGGCAGCACUUCAAAAUGACAUUUAUCAGAAAGUGUCAACAUUCUGAGCCAAAUUAAUAGUUGAUUGUAGAAGAUCAGCUGCCAAUCAUAUCAUCAGUCAUUUGCCGUCAUGACGAGACUUCGUGUACGCCGUCAUCGCCUUCACAAUCGCACCGUGCCCUAUCACGUGCAUAUUCUUAUACGAUGCAGUUAGCGGCAACAUUUCAUGUUUGGACUUUUGAGGGAAAAAAAGAUAAUUUUGUGAAAAGACUUGUGGAGUUUGACAGACAGGGGGCAGGGCUACAGCUGAUGGCGUCGUGGUGGAAGGCGUGUAGGAGUGAGUAUCAACAGGUGAUGAAACGUCAACUCUUGGAUUUGUAGGUCGUAUCUGACUGAACUUUCUGCAAGUUUAAGUCCAAUGUGUGAGGAAGGUGGAGGUCCGAAGUUAGCAGAGAUUGUGAGCUGGAAGUUGUCAGAUGGCCUGGAUUUCAAAAUAAAUGCUGGAAUCUAAAUGAAUGUUUAAUUAGUGCUCUAAUGCUGAAAGACAAAUAGGCUUUUAUUUUAUGUAGUAGAAAAGUACAAAAAAAUGAUGUUUGUUAGGAGAGAGAUGAAUGUCCCAUUUUAGCAAUAGAUCAUCUAUUUUUCUAUCACUGCCUACCAGACGAAAGUUUAUUUUCGUGCACAAUGUUGCUAACAAUUUUUAGAAUAUACUCGUCAUCAACCACCAACUUUGGACUUUUUUGUCAUUAGAUUUACUUAUUUAGAGUAACAGUAGGUCUGUGUCCACAGGUCUAUACUGCUGCGUCUUGCACUUUGGACACGUUGCAUUCAGGAACCAUUCAUGUGUACGACAUUUCAGUCGGGAUUUUAACCACAAGAGGCUCAACCGCCGCCUCAUUAAAGCGAGCAUGCCGACUCACCGCUGCCUAUUACUUGUACAUGGUAACAUGAUCAAAUAAAAAAGAUUAACAAUGGACACAAAAGUCAGAAUAUGUGUGUGUGUGUGUGUGUGUGUGUGUCUGUAUAUAUAUAUGUAUGUAUGUAUGUAUAUAUAUGUAUAUGUAUAUAUAUAUGUAUAUAUAUGUAUAUAUAUAUAUAUAUGUAUAUGUGUGUGUGUAUGUAUGUAUGUAUAAAUACAUAUAAUAUUGUUUUUGCAUGUUGGCGGUUGAGUGUCGACGCUUUAUUAAGUUUCAUUUCUUUGGAGUUGUUGACUCUCAAUAAUGUGAAUAAAGUUGACAUUUGACCACCAGCUGUCUUCAUUGGUGACAUCAUCAGCCAAUCACAGUGAUGCAUCUCCAAGUACACAAAUCUAAAAGUGCAAUAUUUUUUUCCAAGAACAAAUCACAAAAAAAAUGUACUUUGAUUUCUUUGCCUUCAGUUUUCCUCCUCUUCUUCUUCCUCCUCUUCCUCCCCCUUUCCUCCUGGCUGGGACCCUGGGUUCAGACCUGCACUCGGCCUGUGGGCGUGGCUUUGAAUCCCACCUUGUGUUUUUCCGCCCUGGUGGCUGUGAGGGGGAGGAGCUUGAAGACGAGGGCCGGUCUUCUCGCCAGCUGUCAUGUCAACACUUUCCUCACUGAAGACAAAACAGACGAGGACAAAGAAUCUAACUUCACCUGAGUGUUUCUGUUCAUAGGCAGCAUUCGUCCCAGCAGCCAAUCAGAAAACUACUCACCUGUCAUGGUGUCUGUGUGCAGGAGACGUGUCUAGCUCCACCAAGUCCGACUCCCCAGCUUGCU